AUGCCACAGAUACCAUCAUCGCCCCAACAGGCAUUUCAAGGUGAUUUCGGAGGCAUUGGAACUGUGGAAGCUGAGGAUGCGUCUGCCCUGGUACAAACCUCGCUGCUACAAACUUCGAUCCCCGAUUCGUUAUCCUUCGGUCCAAGCCUGCCUUAUGACAGCUUUCUUUUCUCGCAAGAUUCCGAGUAUUGCCAACGCUUGUUCGACAACCAAAUCCGCGGACUAUCGGCAGUCUUGCCACUUAAAGAUAUCUUCAACGGAGACUACUCUGCUGCUCCCCAUGUUUGGAGUGCUGUGCUUGCCGUCUCAGCACUGACCAUGUCGAUUGAGACAUCCCCGGGACUGAUCACCCCAGCAAUGGCAACACAAAAGAAACACGCUCUCCGUCAUUACGCCAACUCACUUAGGUCCUUAAGGAUCAAACACCCACAAAACACACCGGAAGCCUUCAGUAGUCUCCCUCUACAAGAGCUGCUCGACUGGUUCCUGUGUCGACUAUUGCUAGCCAACUUUGAACUUGGACGAGGAAACCUCCCGCUGUGGAGGGCACAUUUGCGCGCCACAAGCCGGGUCUUUAGUGCUUGGCAUAAAAGAAUCAGAGAAGUACCCAGAGGACGGAUUCUUGCUCAAGUCUUUGCAAGAAUGGCCCUACUCGUCGAGUUGCAGAAUGAGGAGUUAGCUGUGACUGGGAUAAAAGAUAUGAAUCCCGGUGUCGCACAUGAGCUUUCGAUCAUGAUCCAGGGCUCAAUAUCAGCUCGUGAUCGACUUCUAGGCUUCAUCAGGGAAGUCGGUCAGCUUGAGUUGAAGUUUCGCUGCACGCCAUCCAUGUUUGCCAAGUGGACUGGCAAGCUGGAGACACUAGAUGCCAGACUGACUGAGUGGCAGCGGUGCCUGUCACCAUUGGAAAUGCCUGUCGAUACAGGUGUUGACGACCCAGUCUCGUUCCCUGCACAAGCCGGAGAUCCAGAUCCGCUUCAAGUCCAUCCGUUGACAUUUCCCAAUGCUAUCGAUUCUACCGCCGCCGCCGUGAAUUACGCCCACUUCAUCUGCACUCGUAUGCGAGCUCGCACCCGGUAUCUGGAGAAUGGCACCAAGAUACCCCCUUCCAAUGCAAACUCCAUGGCUUUAUAUAUAUGUCGAAUUGCUGCGGGCCUGUCUCCCAAUAGCUGCGCCGUCACCGAGGCCUUUGGCCAUGGAAUGAUGCCCGCAGUCGUCGGUGCAUACUGGUGGACUACUGACCCCCAGCUUCGCCGGUGGAUCGUCAACUGGCUACAAGGUUAUGAUAAAAAUGGCCAGCGUGAGGGCAUCUGGAACGUUCGACAGGCCAGGAAGCUCAUGAUGUUUCUGGAUGGUGAAAUUCUUCAGCGGAGGACUCGUGCCGAGCACUGGAACGUUAUCGCGGCGCGUGUCAAGGAGCAGGAGGAGUCGUUUCCAACGGGCCAGAACGACAUCUUGGAAGCCGAACUCGAGAUGAGCAGUGAAGAUAAGGACCAAGGAGAAGGGAACUUGGAGUUCAGAGUGGUCGUUCACUCCCAGUCUGAGAGUGGCUGGGCGACAAACUAUUACACCAUCAUGUAA